UUCUCCCUCGACGUGUCAUUAUAGUUUUUACAGACAACCAACAGCCGAACCAUCUUUCUUUCUCUCUCCUCUUUUCUUGUUCAACAAACACAAAAUGCUUCAACUUUUCUGUCAAACCAAAAUAAAACUGUCACCCCCUCACCUCAUGUGAUUGUAAAUUGUAACCUACAUUUUCUCAAUUUAGGGUUUCCUCUCUUCGCUUUUUUCUUACACAAUUUUGCGCUAAAUUUUUUCAAAGUUGACAUGGCAAACAAUGACGCUGAAACUUCUAGCAGAAGCAUUUCGAUGAGUUCCGGCGACGUUAACGUCGAAGUUUCCGAUGAUGUAUAUUCCGAUGAUGUUCAUUCCGACGUUGUUCAUUCCGACGUUGUUAUUGGAGACAAUUGUGAAGGUGACGAUGAUGAUCAUGGUGUGAGUGAUGAUUCUAAGAUGAUUGAUGCAAUUGUUGGUUGCUCUGAAGAUGUUAGCAGGUCAAAUUCUUCUGGAUAUAUCGAACGGGAUCAAUCGAAAGAAAACAACAAUUUUCAGGAGUUAUCAACUUCUAAUCAUCUAGUGAAAGCUGGAGAAUCCAAACGUCACAAUCCACUCAGUAUACUAGCAGCAAAACUUUUUGAUGAAACAGUGCCCCUUAAGAAAAAGCUUAAAUGGCUAAAACGGGUUGCAACUGUUAAAAAAGAUGGAACUGUACAAUUUGAAGUUCCCGGAGAUGUGAAAACUCCAAGCCUUGAUUUGGGAACUGGAAUGGCUUCUGAUGACCCUACAGAAGAGGAAGAACUUGAGUCAGGUGACAUUCAUGAUCUUCCCCCACUGCAAAUCGUGAUGCUAAUUGUUGGAACUAGAGGGGAUGUGCAACCCUUCGUUGCGAUCGGGAAGCGUUUACAGGAGUAUGGUCACAGGGUUAGAUUAGCAACUCACCGAAAUUUCAAAGAGUUUGUCUUGGCUGCUGGAUUGGAGUUCUUUCCUUUAGGAGGAGAUCCAAAAGUUCUUGCUGGAUAUAUGGUGAAAAACAAGGGCUUCCUGCCUUCGGAACCUUCAGAGAUACCUAUCCAAAGGAAUCAGAUGAGGGAUAUUAUAUUCUCUUUGCUACCUGCUUGCAAAAAUCCUGAUCCCGAAAGUCAGGUUCCAUUUACUGCUGAUGCAAUAAUUGCAAACCCACCAGCCUAUGGACAUACACAUGUUGCUGAGGCUCUCCAAGUACCGAUUCACAUAUUCUUUACAAUGCCUUGGACGCCCACCAGUGAAUUUGCACAUCCUCUGUCACGGGUUAAGCAACCAGUUGCUUACAAACUCUCUUAUCAAGUUGUUGAUGCAUUAAUUUGGCUCGGAAUACGGGACAUGAUAAAUGAAUUUAGGAAGAAACAGUUGAAGUUGAGACCUGUGACCUACCUAAAACCUUCAUAUAGCUCUCCACUAGAUAUCCCUUACGGGUAUAUUUGGAGCCCUCACCUUGUUCCCAAACCUAAAGAUUGGGGACCCAAAAUUGACGUUGUUGGCUUCUGUUUCCUUGACCUUGCUUCAAAUUAUAAACCUCCACAAGAUCUUGUCGAAUGGCUUGAAAAGGGUCAAAAGCCAAUAUAUAUUGGAUUUGGAAGCCUUCCUGUCCAAGAUCCUGAAAAAUUGACUAAUAUCAUUGUACGGGCUCUGGAACUGACUGAGCAAAGAGGAAUCAUCAAUAAAGGCUGGGGUGGUCUUGGAAAUUUGGCAGAACCGAAGGAUUUUGUGUACUUGUUGGAUAAUGUCCCUCAUGAUUGGCUAUUCUUGCAGUGUGCCGCUGUGGUGCAUCAUGGUGGUGCUGGCACAACAGCUGCUGGUCUCAAAGCCGCGUGUCCAACAACAAUUGUGCCAUUUUUUGGUGACCAACCCUUUUGGGGAGAACAAGUGCAUGCGAAGGGUGUAGGGCCUUCACCCAUCCCAAUUGAGGAGUUUGUUCUUGAGAAACUGAUCUCUGCCAUACGCUUCAUGCUGGAUCCCAAGGUGAAACAACGUGCUGUGGAACUGGCAAAGGCAAUGGAGAAUGAAGAUGGGGUUGCAGGUGCAGUAGAUGCUUUUCACAGGCAUUUCCCUCGGAGAAAACCCGAGCCGGAGCAUUUAGAAGUUCAUAAGCCACAUAAAUCUCAUUUGUCAAUAAGAGGGUGUUUUUUGGGUACACAUUAAUCUAACUGUUAGUUCAUGCCAUAUCACCUUGAGCCGUCUAUAGCUACGCAUGAUUAAGACCUUGAUUGACUCGACUAACCAGCCAUCUCUCAAGUCUCACCAUAUCCAUUAGCAGUUUUCCUAUCCUGUGUGUCUAUUGUUGCUUGUGCAGUUAUAAUAUCAUUGUAUUUUGAUGUAUCUAAUUUAUGCUCCUGUAAUAUCAAAACAUUGUCCACUUUUUAAAUUAUAUAUAAAUGUUAAUGUGUCUCUUGUGAAGAA